UGAAGGAAUUAAGUAAAUGGUUAAUACUGUGAUGUCAUGAGAGGCAGAUUCUUAAACUUGCUCUGCCAGGGACUACAGGCCAUCAUGGCCACUCAGUUUGGAACUACAAAGCCCUGAUAAGACAGCCUGAGAGGCAGUUCCUGCCCAGCUGGCAUUGAUUUGACUGAUUUUGAAUUGACUGAGAGAGGAAGUGUGUUUGUUGGAGCUCUAUAAAAGUUUCUUGGAAAAAGAGAACGAUAGAUGGAUAACUGGGACAAACAAGGCCAUGUUUUUUGUGCUUUAUAUUGAACUUUCAGAUACUUGGAAGCCCUUUUUUGAGUUUGCCUCCUGAGACAAAUCCUUGUUAAAAGUGUAAAGAAGUUUUUUUUUUUCAAUCCAGUCUGGUUUGUGGAUCAAGUCUCACCACCCACGUUCCACAUGGCAUGAAGCCGUGCCAUCCUGGGACCGGUCUCUGGAGGCGCUGCGUCCGGUGGACAGUUGACCCGACGAUCGCCGGGGGGGGGGUUUUAUCUGCGCCCAGCUGAGAGGGAAUGCUCUGACGGGCGCAUCUUCGACCUCCUGCUCUUCCAGAGCUGGGAGCCGCAGCGGAGUGCCAGCUUGACCAUGCGUCAGCAGAAAAGGUCCCUACUCGUCCCCUCCCGCCUCUGCCUUCGCCACCGCCGGUAGAAAGAGUCGCUGAGCUCAUCAGUGAUGUCCGUCGUCUUUCCAGUUCAGGGCUAAGAGAAGGACAUAAAGUCAAUGUGCUGGACUAUGAUUCUAAAAGAUGACUUUGGCGCUGCUGCCUGGACUUGGCGAAACAGGAAUUAUCUUCUUCUCCUGAUGUCCCUAAUAGCCGCUCAAGGGAAAGGCGAUCUGGAAUAUCCAAAGGAUAAACACUACACAUGGAAAACAGGCCAGUGGAGUAGGUGUAUGGGGCAGAACUGCGGCCCCGGUGGGCUGCAGACCAGGAUGGUUUGGUGCGUCCACACGGAGGGCUGGACCACGCACCACUCCAACUGUCACCACGGCGACAAGCCGGAGAGCCAGCGGCACUGCUUCCGGGUGUGCGAGUGGCACCAGGAGCUGUUCGAGUGGGAGGCGUCCGAGUGGGGCGCCUGCGCCCUGGUCCCCCGGCCGGCCGCCGAGCCGCGGGGGGGGCGGGGGGCGCGGGGGUGCGUGACGGCGCAGCACGGGAUCCAGCGGCGGCGCGUGGGCUGCGUGCGGCGCUCCAACCGCACCGCCGUCACCGAGGGCAUCUGCGAGCACUUCUCCGCCAGGCCCGGCGCGGAGCAGGCCUGCCUGGUGCCCUGCCCCCACGACUGCGUGGUCUCCGCCUUCUCCGCCUGGUCCGCCUGCAGCCGGACCUGCGGCGCCGGCCUCCAGCACCGCGCCCGGGCCGUCCUGGCCGCGCCCGUGUACGGGGGCGCCGGCUGCCCCAACCUGACGCAGGUGCAGACGUGCGAGGGCCCGGCGCCCUGCCCCGAGGGGGAGGGGGAGCACCGCUACAGCCUUAAGGUGGGCCCCUGGAGCGAGUGCCGGCUGCCCCACUCCAAGGACGCCUGGCUGGGCGGCAGGACCACGCUGGACCUCAGCGCCGACGCCGGGCGUAAGAACUCGGUUAGGCGCCACGUACAGAACACCCACCACCACCACCCGCACCACCACCACAACUCCAAAACGCUGGACGUGGAGGUCGGCUAUCAGACGCGGCAAGUUCGCUGCACGAGAACCGAUGGCAAGAAUGCCAUGUUGAGCCUUUGUAUCCACGACGACGCCCCUGUGACAUUUCAGUCCUGCGUGAUGCCCCGGGAUUGCGAGACGUCUGAGUGGUCAGCGUGGACCCCGUGUUCAAAGACCUGCCAAGCGGCGGACCUGUCGCCUGGUUACCGGAUGAGGACCCGCGGUCUGAAGCAGAUUCCUAUUGGUGGAGGCCGGGAAUGCCCUGCCCUUGAAGAAAAAGAGGCGUGCAACAUUGUUGGGGACUUACUUCCCAAGUGCCCAAGGUAUGUGUGGAAGAGCACGGACUGGGGCGACUGCCAGGUGGCCCCACUCCUCAACCAGCAGUACCGUCGCCACAACAACCUGAGCGCCCUGUGUGGUGGGGGCCUUCAGACCAGGGAGAUCUACUGCAUACAGGUUCCUGACGAAAGCGCGAAGCAUCACAGCAGACAGGUAUCCAGGCCUGUGAGUGGACGACUGUGUGUAGGAGACAUCCCGUCUGCAGUCCAGCCAUGUUACAUCCCCUGUCCGGAGCCCUGUCUGCUUUCUCAUUGGUCUGCCUGGGGGGCCUGUCUCCACGACAACUGCAUGGAACCACAGGGGAGAAAAGCAGGUUUCAGACAGCGGAGGCGGCAGGUGCUCCGCGGGCCAGCGGGGGCGUCCGGCGGCUGCCCGCACCUGACCGAAUCCAUCCCGUGCGAGGACCCCGUCUGCUACCUGUGGCGCGCGCGGCCGGGGGGACCCUGCGUGCCCGCCGAGGGGGCCUGCGGUCCCGGGAGACAGGAACGGAGCGCGCUCUGUACCGACGCUCGAGGUGAGGUGGUGAACAGCGAGCUUUGUACGGAAGCCCCGCCUCCCACGCAGGUGUCCUGUCGCCUGUCCUGUCCCAGAGAUUGCGUGGUCAGCUCCUGGUCCGACUGGUCCCCCUGCUCCCACUCCUGCACGACCAAAAACUCUGAGGGCAGGCAGAGUCGAACCCGCACCAUCCUGGCCCUCCCUGGAGGAGGGGGCGAAGCGUGUCCCGCGGCCACCGCCCUGGAGGAGUGGAGGUCCUGUAACGACCAUCCGUGCGUCACGUUCCACUGGGAGACUUCGCCCUGGGGCCCCUGCUCGGAAGACCCCGCCAUCGCCUCGUUAAACGGCACCACCGGCUGGACCCAGGAGCCCGCCUGCGCCGUCGGGGUCCAGAACCGCAAGGUGUCCUGCGUCAAGACCAACGUGGGGCAGGUCAUCCCAAAAAGAUGCCCAGAUUCGUCACGGCCAGACACCGUUCGCCCCUGUGUGCUUCCCUGCAAGAAAGACUGCAUUGUGACUCCUUUCAGCGAAUGGACACUUUGUCCUGUUACCUGCCAACCAGUCAACUCAACUCCAGCCACCCAAUCACGAUACAGAAUCAUCGUCCAGAGGUCAGCCAAUGAUGGGCAGGAAUGUCCAGACACCCUUUACGAAGAAAGAGAAUGCGAGUCACUCCCCGUUUGUCCAACCUACAGGUGGAAGACGCACAGAUGGAAUCAGUGUGUACUGGUGCCUGACUCAGUCAGACAGGGUCUGGCAGGUCCAGGAGAGUCCUGUGGCAGAGGUCUGGAGACACGCGGUGUGACGUGCGUGGGCGAGGAGGACGACGAGCCGGUGGACGUGUCGGAGUGCCUGCGGUGGGCCGGCGCCAUGCCAGCGCGGGUCCAGCAGUGCCGGGUGCCCUGCAAGGACGACUGCGCCCUCAGCGGCUGGUCCAGGUUCACCGAGUGCAGCGAGUGCGGAGGCUGGCGCAGCCGCCGCCGCUCCCUCACAGGCCGCAGUAAGAAGCGGGAGAAGUGCCACCGGGCCGAGCUGUACCCGCUGGUGGAGACGGAGGCGUGCCCGUGCGCGGAGUUCCUCUCCCGCCCCUACGGGAACUGGUCCGACUGCGUCCUGCCGGAGGGCAGGCCCCACGGCCCCCCGCACGGCUGGAGGGCCCGCCGGGACGCCAGGGAGUGCGGACGGGGCCUGCGCUACCGGGCCCUGGCCUGCGUGGACCGCGGGGGCCGCCUCGUGGACCCCACCCUCUGCACCGGCACAGGCUAUGUGGAGGAGGUGUGCCACAUCCCCUGCCCCUUGGACUGCAGGCUGAGCGACUGGUCCGCCUGGUCGCCCUGCAGCGCCUCCUGUGGUGGCGGGCUGAAGGUGCGGUCCAAGUGGCUGAGGGAGAAGCCCUUCAACGGCGGGCGACCCUGCCCUAAACUGGACCUGAAGAACCAGGUGUCGGAGGCAGUGUUGUGCUACAGCGAGUGCAGUCAGUACGCCUGGGCGACGGAGCCCUGGUCCGUGUGCGCCAUCAACGCCGUGGACAAGCUGCCGGACUGCGGGGAGGGCGUGCAGAGCCGCAAAGUCAGGUGCGUGAGGGUGAACGGCGAGGGCCAUGGGGACAGCGUGGAGGACGACCUGUGCGACCCGGAAGAGAUGCCCUUCCGAGCGCAGACCUGCUUCCUGCCCUGUCCGGACGACUGCGUGAUGUCACAAUGGGGCCCGUGGAGCGCCUGUCCCCUGCCAUGCGACCAGAGCACGGCGAGGAAGAGGCAGAGACGGAUGCUGCGUUCUCCUAAGCCCGGGAAAACCUGCCCUGAGGACGUUCAGACUGAAAACUGCAUCCUCAACAGCACCUGCUUCUCCUACCAGUACAACCUGUCAGACUGGAGCACUUGUCGGCUGAGCGAGAACGCCGUCUGCGGCCGGGGAACGCGGACGCGCCUGCUGGACUGCGUGCGCAGCGACGGAAAGGUCGCGGAGCCGAGGGCGUGCGAGGAGUUGGGCCUGGCGAUGGAGUGGGAGUUGACUGUUCAUUGCGCGGUUGCCUGUCCUGUGAGCUGUCUCCUCUCGGAAUGGUCGCCGUGGACUGAAUGUUCACACACUUGUGGUAACCAAGGUCACAUGCUGCGCUCGAGGCGUGUCCUGCAGCAGGCCCGUGAGGAGGGCCGGCCGUGCCCGUCUCAGCUGUCCCAAAUCAAGCCCUGUCCCAUAAGGCCCUGCUACAGAUGGGUGCUGGGCGAGUGGUCCCCAUGCCACGUGGAGGGGGCAGAGUGUGGAGAAGGUGUGCGGGAGAGGAACCUGACGUGUGUGGUGGAGCAGGGGGGUGCAGCAGACCUCUUUCCAUCCCGACCGGUGGAGGAGGAGAAGUGUGCGGAUAAUCUGAGGAAGAUGAGUGCACAAGACCUGCGGGUGCCCUGCUCUGUGCCCUGCCCUGGCGAUUGCCACCUGACUGACUGGUCGUCAUGGAGCUCCUGUCAGCUGACCUGCCUGGAUGGGCGGAGCUUUGAGACCACUGGACGACAGGCCCGAUCCAGGGCCGUGGUCAUUCAGGUCAUGGAGAACCAGGACAACUGCCCGCAGCAGGUCUUCGAGACGCGACCUUGCAAAGGGGGAAAGUGCCACAGCUACGAGUGGAAGACCAGCGGCUGGAGAGACAAUGAGCGAUCCGUGUGGUGCCAGCGCUCCGACGGGGUCAAUGUCACAGGGGGCUGCUUCCUGCAGAACAGGCCCGUUACUGUCAGACAUUGCUACCCGCCCUGCACCAAACCCUUCUCUUACUGCACUCAGAGUGGGGUCUGUGGGUGCGAGAGGGGGUACACCGAGGUGAUGACCACACACGGGUUCCUGGAUUACUGCACCAAGACCCCCGGAGCGGACAACAAGAAGGCUGAUGUGAAGACCAGCUCGGGGCGACUCAAGCCCGACACUUCCCAGAUCCACAACUUCUUCAAGGAGUGGUCCCUCCAGCCAGUCGGACCGGAUGGCAGAAUUAAGCUGUGGGUCUACGGGGUGACUGCUGUCGGAUUUCUCCUCAUCGCCUUCAUCAUCACUCUGUCGUUCAUGUUGUGGAAAACCCCAAAGCAGAACACAAGCUCCUCUCCACCACAGAAGCCUCUCACUCUCGCAUACGACGGCGACGCGGACAUGUGACGGCGCAUAAACCGUCUCGCGUGAAAACCUGGGACAUCAAAACACACCACGGAAAAUGUGGGCGAACCAGCCACGCCGAGGUAUAGGACGUCUGCCCAUAGGAACAUAUGCAACAUUUAAAAGACACGAGAAUUCUCCCAGGCUUGGUCCUUUUGGAAAGAUGCUUCCUCAGUGGAUUUUAUUGUGUUUCCAAACAGGAAAGGCUGCUAACUUUCCAUAAAAACUUGCAUCGGGGGUGCAUAGAGAUUUGUGUACAAGAACACAAGGGCAGUUUUUUUCUUUUUUUUUUUUUAGAUCUUGGCAAGUGGUAUUCCUUGGACGUACAUGAACGGAAUACAUUUGCCUCACAGCAGUUUUAUUUACUUAUUUUUUUAAAUAAAGAAAACUGGGGAGGGUGCUCAAAGUUCAACAGCCGUCAGCGGCUGUCUGUAAGUCCUCUGUGUAUGGAAAAAUACUUUUCAGUUAAUGUAGAAAAAGCAACUAUGCACUACGUUAGUGCUAAUUAUUUCUGUUUGCUUUACAGGUCAACGUGUUUUUCUAGUGUUUACAUUGUAAUGCAAGAAUUUAUUCUGUGAAAUUGUGUUUUUUUUUUCUUUUUCAACAACAUUACAGGACUCUGUAUUUCUGCUCAUUGCAAUAUGCCAAAAUAGGUUUACCGGUGUUGUGUAAAGAGACAUAAAUGGCAUCUCACUGUUCUUGCAGGACUUGCUUGGUUAUUACAAUACAUUUUAAACCAUUACCGUGAGAAUGGAUUAUUCAGCUCUAUUAACAAUUUGGCAACUCUCCACUACUUAUAAAUGAACAAGCGAAAAGAAGAAAAUGUAAAAAGAGAAAAACAUGGUCAUUAUUUAUUUAUUUAUUGUGUCUUUGGAAUUACAUUCAUAGGUCUUAGCGGUCUUUUUUUCCCCACUGAGGAAAGUAUUUAAAAGGGCACAUAUUUCCAUUAUGUCAACACAUUGACAAUCUGUGUCUGUCACAACGCAUUCUUCUAUAGCAUAAAUGUCCCAUGUUCCCUAUAUAACACUGCCACCCCUGCAGUCCAGUUCUAACGAUUAGAAUGUUCCAGACUCUGAGAGCCUUGUUUCUAUAAUUACAUUAAAGCUCCAUACUCAGCAUUUGUCUAUAGAUGAGGCGAAAAAAUACAUAAAUGUUUUGGCACGCUUCCUUUGUCAGUGAAAUGGUGUUGUUAAAUUUAGUGUAUGUAUUUUCCCUCUGCGGUUCAACCUAGGCCUCUCUGUCCGACGGUGGUGUCACACACCCGUGCAUUAAAGUUAGUCAGGUUGGCAUCUGCGGUGGUAAUCUGAGUCCCGAUUGGCUCCUGAAUCGGCUGCCAGAUUUCUGCCGGCUUAUUGGACGUUGCUUUGCUCGGGUCCGUUAGCAUCUCGUAAUUGCCAUCCCAAGAAAUAUCAGAUCUUAGAUUUCAUCCAAGAAAAGGUACGUACACAGAGGAGCAUUCAUGAUGUAUUAGUUUGAUUGACUGGUUAAUUGGUAGACCGUCAAGUAUGUCCUGAGGUUGUAAUGAUCCAAAGUGUCCUAACGUGUCUUUCAUUUUAGUUCAUCAAUGCAAUCAAUGCUGGUUUUUCUCUUUUUGAUUGUCUUCAGAAAGACAGAUUGAAGUCUCUCAAACAUUGAAUGUAUUUUUGAAAAUUAUUUGUGUUGCCAGUGUGGGGUGUAAAAGUAUGAUUUUUGUUUUCAUGAUAAAACAAGGUAAUGACCAUACUGAUCUGAACUAUGAGCUGUGAGUAUCCAUGCAUGCAAGAUCGUCUCUGCUUCGACUGUCCGUUCUCCCAAAGUGACCUUGCAAUUUGGUUUGAUGUCUGUCUGUUGCACUUCAAACUAAGUAAACUUUAUUGACUUUGAGAGGCUUGCCACAGUCCUGUAUCUGCCCCCUCUGAAUUUAUAAUGUUUCCAAUACCCUCUCAACCAGAAGUUUCGUGGUGCCACCCUAAAACUACACAGGAACCUGUGAAAAAUAAUAGGUCCAUUAACAGGGUAAUUUAUGUUUCAACCUUGUGUACCAGAAUGAGUUUGUGAAGAAAGAAAAAAAUUGUGGUAGUCUGUGAGAUUAUAAUGUGGUCAUCUAUCUUACUGAAAUACUAAAAAAAGACGUUUUUUAUGAAGCUACUUUCAUUCAGGAAACGUGGAACAUUGCUGUACAAGCCUUUCCAGCAAUUUACAGGCUUCUCUUGUACAAACAAUCAAGGACAAAUUGGCUGAAUAGCAUUGAAACAUAACGGUGCCAAUGAUAAUCAUCUGAACAAGUGUCUGUAAAAUAAUCCUUGAGUGUGCUUGAGCCAGAAGUGUUGCAACUUUGAUCACACUGGUCUGGACCUGGCAAAUUCUGGAAUUCAGAUGCUCAUUCACCUGACCCCCUAAAAGUUCCAAAACCCUGCCAGGUAAGGCAGCCGGUAUGAGAAGGGAUUAAAAAGAGUACAUCUGCUGAAUCUGUGCACGUACUGAAUUAGACUGUGUCCCUGGUAAUCAGUGCACAUCCAACCACUUUCUAAAAUGUACUGUAUUGCAGAGAGGCAGUAAGUUAAUGUAUAAUUAUGUUGUGACUUUAUGAAUGGAUGUGUUGUACCUCACAUUUGCUUAUAGUAGGAUUCCCCUACAAAUAUCCCUACAAUGGAACCAGUUCAUUACAAAAUAUAUGCCCACACAAACCCCAAAAAAUCUUUCUCUCUUUGUUUUGCUAGAGGUGGAUUUGUCCAGCCAUUUGUCUCAUGGCUACCUGCUAAGUUUAAAGGUAAGAAAUUGUAUGUGAUGAAUAUGUGGUGUGCAGAAUCAGUCUAUUGGCUGUCCAUUUAUCCCUGUUUACUUUUUCUGCCUAAUCUUGAUGUCAUUGAACACCUUUUGAAGUUCAAACAUGCCUAUGGUUAAGGGUCAGCCAAAAAAAGGAAAGGAAUGCAGUCUUCAUUUUUCCAGAAUAGUGGUCAGUGGUUGUACCAGAGUUUUAGGAUUCAGUCUUCAUGAACAUUUAUCUUUUAGCUGUGUGCUAUAGCUCAACUGGGUCUCACUCGAUUAACACCAUUUACAUAAUAUGAAAUAGAAAAAAAUAUUAAGUAGAGUGCUGCCGAGGUACACUGUAUCAGCCGAUAAUGGUAGAAUGAGCUCUUUGGUAUUGGGCAAUAAUACAAAGACCUAGUUUAUUAUUUCUGGAUAAUUUCCAUACAGUAUGGACAGCUAUGUUCGCUGUUUUCGCUUUUAAUUAAACUUUACAUUUUCGUCCUUAUCAAUACAUUUAUAGGCACUAUAGUAACCCUCCAACAUAUGAUGCUUUGGCACUGUGAAAAUAUUCACAUGUACUUAAUUUGUUUGGCCAGUAGAGGGCUCUCUUCAUCUACAUUUCAUUGUUCCCCAAAAAGUAUUGCCAAAUAAGAUAUUAUUGAAGUAAACGUAUUAUUCAUCUUAAAGUCAUUCAAGGAGAGAAACAUAAAGGAUAACUUAGUGUCACACUUGUGGACUGAACUUGUGGCCUAUUAUAUGAGACAAAUUAGUACUUCACCAGAAUCUAAAACUGAUAAUAUAUUUCUGCCUCUUAUACAUAAGCAAGAACUGUGUUGUAGCUAUGGGCAGUAUGCUGAUUACAACUGAGAGCAAUGAAGAGCUCAUAUUGGAAUCUAGUGUUUGAAAUUUAGCUGAAGGCAUACACAAUAGAGAAUGCUACAUUUGUACAUUUUUUUAUGAUACAGGUUGCUUGCUAUUUGCAAUCACACCCACAUUGCGUUGCUGCUCUUUUUUUAUACCAACCUUUUUGGUUGAUAUUGUAUGUACACUUUUUCCUGGAUUUGCUCUGUUUAUAUCAAUAAGGUUUCGACAAACAUUCACCCCAAUGAUAUAAUUUUCCUCCUUGAUAUCCAAAUGUUUACCUGUACCAGGGUUUUCUUGCUUGGUGUUUUGUUGCUGCCGUGUUUGUUUCUAUCUCCCCCUACAGGUGAAAAUGAGUAUGUCACGGUCCUGUUUCUGGUCGGAAAACGUGCAGGAGAGGGGAUGAACACUGUUGCCUGGCAGCCCUCUUCAGGAGAUGCUUGGAGUCGAGGACGUUGUUGACCAUCACUUAGCAACUGGACUAAAAGUUGCCUGUAAUUGGGGGUGCUGAGGACCUUUGGAGAGUUAAAAUGAUGUGGGACUUAAAAUAGAUCAUCUGCAUUGGCAUAAAUAAACCUUAAAUUAUCUGAAAUAAUUUUGGGAGAAAAUAAAUUUUAGCCAUUUAAAGAAAACAUCAGUAUGAAAUAUUGCUGUUGAAAUAUCAUUCUGGAAAGGGUUACAAAGUCAUAUCUAAGGCUGUGGGACUCCACUGAACCACAUUGAGAGCCAUCUCCAAAUGGUGAACGCUUGGAAUAGUGGUGAGUCGUCCCUGGAGUGGCCAGCUUGCCAAAAUUUCUCCAAGUGCACUGUGACAACUCAUGCAGGAAGUCACAAGAGAUCCCAAAGAACUGCAGUCCUCUCUCACCCCAACUAAGGUCAGUGUUCAUGACUCCUUGAUAAGAAAGAAACUGGGAAAAAUCGGAUUUAUGGGAGAGUAAUAUGGGAUACUAAUAAGGUGGAUACCACUGUUACCUAUAUCAAUGCACAUCUCACAUUUGCAAAAAAAACCCCCAAAAAACAUCUGGAUGAUCCCCAAGCCUUUUGGGAUAAUAUUCUAUGGACAGAUGAGUAAGAAGUGGAACGUGUUGGACGACACCGGUCCCAUUAUGUCUGACGUAAAGCAAAAACAGCAUUUCACAGUAAGAACAUAAUACCAACAGUCAAAGAUGAUGGUUUCAAUGUGAUGGUGUGGGGACGAUUUGAUGCCGCAGGACCUGAAAGACCUGCCAUUAUUGAAGGAACCAUGAAUUCUGCUCUGCACCAGAAGAUUCUUAAGAAGAAUGUCGGGUCAUCUGUCUUUAAGCUGAAGCACAAUUGGGUUAUGCAGCAAGACAAUGACCCCAAACACCAAAGCAAGUCCACAUCUGAAUGCCUGAAAAGAAACAAAACGAAAGUUUUGGAGUCGCCUAGCCAAAAUCCUUACGUUGAACCCAAUAGAGAUGCUGUGACAGGACCUGAAGAGAGCAGUUCAUGCUCGAAAACCUACCAAUUUGUCUGAAAUAAAGCAGUUCUGCAAGGAAGAAUGGGCUAAGAUUCCACCACAGUGAUGUGAAAAACUAAUGUCAAAUUAUAGAUUUUUUAAAUUGUGUUUGGUUGCAAUUAUUGCUGCUGAAGGUGGUGCAACCAGUUAGUAAGUUUAAGGAGACAAUUUGUUUUUCACAUAGAUGAUAUGGGUGUUUUCUAAUAUUUCACUAAAUAGAUGAAAUGACUUUUU